CAGGUGUGGCUAAUAUGGUGUAGUAAAUGGCUACAGGUCCAGGAGACAAUACCUCAGAAAAAGAAGAGAAUGAUGAUGCUAUUGAAGGAACAGUCUUCAGCAGGUCCUGGGUUCUCUCUUUAUUAGUGAAGCUAGUAAGAGCUGCAGAAGAGACUCCAUCAGAAGAAGAUGAGAGAAACUAUGAGCUAGAAGAGACAACUGAGAAUGAGCUGUGCUUGCUCUGGGAUCUGACCGUUAACACUGAGAUUGUAUCAUUUAUGCAAGAGCAUGAUUCAGUUCAGUUGUUGGUUGGUUGUAUCAUGAGAUCAAAGUAUGACAGACUAACAGAGAUUUGCUUAGGAAUUUGUAACAAUAUAGCUUGCAAAACUGAUGACAGAGCCAAAGACUUCAUAAUACCUGAUAUAAUAAAUAUUUGCUUGUCACUUUUGGCUCAUUCUGACUCCAAUGUGCUACUAGAGUUGUCAAGGCUGAUAAUCACAUGCUUGACAUGUGUAGAUACACAGUUUCAUUGGACUAAAGCUAUUUCUACCUCUGACACAUUUCUUAAUGACAUAUCCUUCAUAUUUUCAAGUUCUACAAAUUGUGAUUUGUUAAGAAAUGCUGCAACAAUUUUGGACACUAUCUUUGAUAUUGAGACAGAUUUAUUAUCAAAAUGGUCCAGCUCUAGUGAAUUGAUGAAUGGUAUCUGUGAAGCUCUUGAUGAAUGUAAAAACAAUACUGAUAUCACAUCAAGAUUAAUGUGCAUAUUACAGUCAUAUACAACCACUGAGAAUGGAAUAGCUUCAUUAAUUACAAAUGGAGAGAAGUUGUAUCAUCACGUUGUCCAUUACUUCAGUAGAAGUUAUAAUUCUCAUGCUAGUAGUGAUGAUUCUGAAGGAGUAGUAGCUACUCUCUCUUUCUCUCACUUUAUUCUUAUAAAUUUCCCAGAGGAAUCGAAAAUAUUAAAGAAAUUGCUUUCAUCAGAUGAAGAUGUAAUGAAAUAUUUAAAGAAACUAACUGAGAAUAAAAAUUGCCAAGUUCAUGCCGCAGAAAUUAUAAAAGUAUUACUCAGAAACGAAUAAUAAGAUUAAAAUCUAUAUAAAAGUUACACUAUAAUGAAGUAUCUUUUAAAUUUCAAUAAACAGUUUCACGUCA